CCUAUUCGCAAGCGCACACUAAAGAGUCUCCGCUUAGCGGUCAACUUUAGAACUAUCUGUUUGAGGAUAAAAAUGGACGUUGUAAUAAACGUGAAUACACAAAAAUAACAAAAAGUAAUCAUUAUUGCUCAGUUCCUCAGUGUAGAAAUGAUUAUGCGUGUAGUGUCUCAAUGCACGGAUUCCCCAAAAAUGCUCUGAGUAGGAAAAAAUGGAAAAUUCUUUUAGGAAUAGACAAACCCAUAAAUACAAUGAAAGUUUGUAGUGGUAACUUUACAAAAGAGGAUUAUAUUUUACCAGACGUUGCACAUAAACGUAAAUGUUUAAAGAAGACUGCCUGUCCUAGCAGAAAUUUACCUCAAAUACGGCAUCAAUCGGCAGUUAAUCAUGAAACUAAGGCAAAACGUGAAGACCGCUACGUCCGUCGACAACAACUGUUAGAAAAAGCUGUGCGUUUGGAAGCAGCCGACACGCUUCUUUUAUUAGCAAACACCGAGGCAAACACGCAAACUAAAGAAGAAAAGCCGGUUAAUGAAAUGUGUUGUGAGACUGAAAGUUCUUUGAAUGUGUUGUAUAAGGACGUUUCUGUUCAAGUAAAUACGUAUUUAGAUCAGAUCAGCGUGAGUUUAGCAUUGCAGACAUUAUCAACAAUGACUACAGAAUUAAAUUCUGCACAGGAAUUUCCAAUGUGACGUUGUUCAACGUAAUCGUAAUCGCAAAUACUUAAGUGUACAGUUUGCAACAAGUAAUAGGAACUAUACCUUCUGUGUUCGCAAGAGGAUUUUGUUGACUUUAAUGAAAAUUAAAUGUUAUUUUAUGUG